UUCCUUGAUUAAGAUCAAUCGGGUGUGAAUCACAACUAAAACAACAAUAGCAGCAACAACAACAAUCACGCGCUCUGAGGCACGUGUCACGUUAGAGUUAUUCCCCUUGCAUCUUUUAGAUAACAGGUGGCGCUAGUGAACAUGGCGGCAAAUUCAAAAAUGUCUUUGGUCAGGUUUUUACUUUCAUAAUAUUUAGGAAAACCCAGCGGGAAGCUUGUUUUACAGCCAGGAACUUUUCGGCACCCAUCCUAUUUUCGCUUGUUUUCAGCUUGUAUUUACCAUGGGGGUCACGGAUUUAUGGUCAGUGCUUGAUCCAGUUAAGAAACAUUUGCCAUUGAGCAGCUUACGUGGACAGAGGCUUGCUGUGGAUCUUAGUAUUUGGAUUUGUGAAUCUCAAGGUGUCGUGCAGAUGGAGAGGGUUAUCUCAAAACCGUACCUCAGAAACCUGUUCUUCCGUGUGAACCACUUAUUACUCAGUGGAAUAGAUUUAGUAUUUAUUAUCGAUGGUCGUGCUCCUGAAAUGAAGGCAGAGACAAUGCGAAAACGCCAAAAGGAGUGUUUCUUGUAUAGAAAAUCAUCUCAGAAUAACUUCUGGACAUGCAAGAAUACCAAAAGAUCACAUUUGAAUGCAUUUGUUAAAAAGUGUUGUGAGUUGCUGGAUUGUCUUGGAGUGCCAUAUUUGGAAAGUCAAGGAGAAGCAGAGGCCUAUUGUGCUUUCCUUAAUAAACAUGGUGUAGUCGAUGCCUGCAUCACUAACGAUGGAGAUGCUUUCCUUUAUGGAGCCCCAAAAAUUUAUCGAAACUUCACCAUGGACCGAAAGGACCCCCACGUUGAGAGCUACACAGUGCAAGACAUCGAACAACAGCUGUCCCUUACCCAAGAGAAACUUGUGGCCUUUGCUCUGCUUACUGGCUGUGAUUACCAACCAAAGGGCAUUCCACAAGUUGGAGUGGAAACAGCACUAAAGUUACUUAGGGCCCUCACCAACAGAGAUCUACUUUUAAGAUUUCGUCAGUGGCGCUCCAUGAAAUCUUCAGACUGCUGUUGUGAUAUUGAGAGGACAGUCUGGGAGAAAGCCUGCAAGUUACCCGGCUUUCCAUCUGAACAGAUAAUUGAAGAAUUCUUAGUUUCUAAAGAUGUUUUACCAAAGAACAAUCUUCAGUGGAAAAGUCCAAAUAUGAAGAAAUUCGAGAAUUUCAUGGCUGUCAAUCUGGAAUGGCCCAAAGAUUAUGCUGUGCAGAAAGUUCUACCACUUCUUACAAGAUGGAUUAUGUUGGAGAUAGUCGGUCUGGUCACAACUAAAACUCGUGGACUUUAUCUCACCCCUGUAAAAAUCCUAAAGAAUCGAGUUUGUAAAGGUGUACAAUCUGUUGAAGUGGAAUGGAAAAUUUCAGGAUCUUCUGAAAAUGAAGCUUAUGUUACUGUUGAGGACAGAGAAAUGGUUGGCCAGUGUUUUCCUGAUCUCUUGGAGCAAUUUUCACAGGAAUUAAAGAAGAAAACAAAGACAAAACCUGCCUCCAGAAUUAGCAGCAAGACAAAAAAGAGCCAACCAGAGGCAAACUCAGCCGAGUCCCAACAAGUUUUGUUGCUGAGUAUGGAAGGACUUACUCUGAAACCAAACGAAGCAGCUGCUACACAGAAGACUGUGAAAGGGACCAGUGAGGAAUUCCCUGCCAAAAGAGAGAAACACACAGCAAGAUUUGCAUGUGAACCAGUUCUUACGGCUUUUAAUGAAGAAUCUAUAAGAAAUUGUUUAUCUUCUGUUUCUCAGAAUGAGGAACCUUCUUCUGGUGCUGGGCUGACCAAUUUAAGGUGUAACAGUACUGAGUCUUCUGAGCCAGACAUUUCUGAUGAUGAAUAUUUACCUCUUAAAGAAAGAAUAAAGAACUCUUGUGUACAAAUUCAAAACCAUAAACCAAAGAAGGAAAUGUCUAGAACAUCAUUAUUACCAUCAUUUACCAAUUCCAUUAAAUCAGAAACUAACUCUGAAACAGACUCCAAAAGCAGGAGUCAAAUCCGAAACUCUGCAAGUGUAUCAAUGUGUUCUGAUCAACAGACCAAUACCAUCGGUCACGGUGCCAGUAUUAUUGAGUCAAUUGAUUUAACAGGAAAUUCUUAUUCCUCUUGUCCAGAGAUAGACUCUUCCAAUGAUGAAGACUCUGAUGAUAGCCUAUAUCUUCCUGUUUCUCACAAACUGCUUAACCGUUACCAAAUUUCUGGUGAGUCUCAAAACGAAGAUAACUUUCAGUCUAACCAAUGCCUCCCAUUAGAUUCCUCUCAGUUUCCAUGUGAUGACAGCAUCAAAAUAAACCAUUGUGAAAGAAUGGAAGAACUGAAUAAAUCAAUAGAGUUUUCUCAAAAAUUUCCAGAUAAUUCUGCUGAACCCUUUGACAAUUCUCAGUUAUCCAAAAUGGCUGAAAUAACUGAACAGUUCUUCCUGUUGAAUGUAAAUGAAGUAGAAGCCUUGUCAUCAAAUCUUUCUGGAAUGGUAUCAAUGGCUACACUUCAACAGUGUAAGGACACUGUCGAGAGGUCAUUUGGUACAGAUGCCAAGCAGCUAUAUACGGAUGCUAUGAAGAGGUCAUGUAGUACAGAUGCUACACAAGUGUGUACAGACACUGUUGAGAAGUCUACAGAUGCUACACAAGUGUGUACAGACACUGUUGAGAGGUCAUUCAGUACAGAUGCUACACAGCUGUCUACAGACACUAUCAAGAGAUCAUUUAGUACAGAUGCUACACAGCUGUGUACUGACCCUGUUGAGGGGUCAUUCUGUACAGAUGCUACACGACUGUAUACAGAUAUUAUCGAGAGAUCAUUUAGUACAGAUGCUACACAACUGUGUAUGGACAUUGUUGAGAGGUCAUUCAGUACAGAUGCUACACAGCUGUCUACAGACACUAUCGAGAAGUCAUUUAAUACAGAUGCUACACAGCUGUGUACUGACCCUGUUGAGGGGUCAUUUAAUACAGAUGCUACACAGCUGUGUACUGACCCUGUUGAGGGGUCAUUUAAUACAGAUGCUACACAGCUGUGUACUGACCCUGUUAAGGGGUCAUUUAAUACAGAUGCUACACAGCUGUGUACUGACCCUGUUGAGGGGUCAUUCUGUACAGAUGCCACACUGCUAUGUACAGAUAUUGUUACUGAUGCGACCCAACUUUGCACUAAUACUCUUGAAGUUCCAUCCCAGACAGAUGCCAUUCAACUUUUAGCUGAAAAUCAAUCACUACACCCACCCAUAAAAGAUGGAAGCAGAUUGUCGACCAAAGACACAAAAUUCUAUUCUGCUGGAGACUUUUCCCUCCAUGAUGUACAGGAGGGUCCAUGCUGUUCCUUGCCACCCAGUUUGAAGACGUCUUUCAAUGAAUCUCUUCAACAUAGAAACUGUAGCAACACAAUUUCAAACUAUUCUAUAAACGGAGAAGACAAUGCAUCCCUUCUUUUUUGUAAUUCCACUUCUGUUAGUAAUACUAUUUCUGACAUAAGUAACCAUUCUCAGACCCCCGAAGACAGUUCUAUGCUGUUUAUGAAUGACAAAAACUCUGUAAGUCCUGAUCAUGUUCUCAAAAAUAGUUCCUUGAUAUCAAAUCAUUGUUUAAAUCCAACCAAAACUGAAACUGCUUCUCAGCAUCUUGAGAAUUUGUCUGAAAGUGUGUCAGACAUCACAGUUUCAGAGAACACAGUAGUAGAGUUUCAUGGAUCAAAGACGCCAGGAGGUGCUUUAGCCAUGCAAGAAUUCCCUGUCUCUAACAAGGAUCCUGAAGAAGAUGCAAUUCCAUACUCAUCGUUUGAAGAUUAUUCUUCAAUUAUGGAUGCUGUUUAUAACUUAACACCUGACUCUCUGAAUUCUUUCAGUGAAAGCAGGGUGGGGAAUUUUGAACUCAUCUCUUCUCUUUUAGACAAUUCUUCUGAAUUCAAGUUGGAUUCUGAUUCUCCUAAAAUUUCUGAAAACAUGAAGACUCAUAUAUUCAACUCGACAACUAAUUCUGGUUAUAAAAACCAGAUGGAAAUUAAAUAUUCUUGUAGAAAGAACUCUCUGACCAAUUUGCAAAAGAAUUCAUGUUUUAUUUUGUCUCCUUACAUCAGUUCUGUAGAGAAGACAUCAAGUCUUCUGAAAUCUCCAAAUAAUGAUGCCAGUUUUUCUUACAAUACAACAGUUGGUUCACAUGAAAUGUCUGGUGCAGUACCAAAUUCUUCUGCUUCUGUUCUUCAAGAAAAUUUAAGAACUGGAUUAAAUGAUAAAUUGAUUUUUAAAUCUUCAAAAGAGUCUGCAGGUUUAGAGAAUGAGAACACUAAAGUCAAGUCUCCGCAUGAAGGAUAUAUAAGUUCAUUGUCUUGUGAAAAUAUUCAUAGUAGUCCAAAGCAAACGUCAUUUCAGCAGGGAGGUUCUUCAACGUUUGAAGAGAUGAGUUACCUUUCUGGUUUCGAUGAUUCUUUCUCCCCAUUUGAUGUCACCAAAACAAUAACUCCGAGAUCAAUUAAUCAGAAUAAUCCAGUAAAAUGUUGUUGGGAUUAUCUAAAUCUUUCUCCUAAUUCUUCAGAUAACUCUGAUGAUACAUUCGAUAAUUACAAGAGCAGUGUUAAGAUGAACACAGAUAUUGAUCUCAAAGACCGUUAUACAGAUGACGCCAAACUAGAAUCAAAACCAAACCCUGCAUCACCACUUCCUCUUGUAAUGAGGCUGGGAAAACAUUUCAAUGCACAACGCAUAAAGAACUUCAAGAAAUAAUAUUUAUUUUGCAAGUAUUCUUUGGUGAUCACUACCACAGUUACACAAUGUUGGAGCCACCACCAGCAUCUCCACCCUUAUACUACCCACAAUAUAGUCUCUGUGACAAGGCCUGGAACAAAUUCAAUGAACCCGUAAAACGACUGUAUGGUGCAAAGGUCACUUCAAAGCCAUGUUUUCAGCUUCAACAGAACUGUGCCUCACCUUCAGCUGUUGUCGUCUACUUUAACCCCCGGUCAACCAAAGCCUCAUGAUUGAAAUUUAAUAGACAGAAACUGUUUGGCUGCCCAUCAGAGAUCAUUUCUGUGCUUUUGGUGUGGUAGUGUUUAGUCUCUUGGUUAAACACCAUCACCUCUUCUUUCACUACUCUCCAUGGAAUCUGCUCAGUUGCCAGCCUUUGAGAACGGCUUCUUUCUAUUAGUCUCAGAGCUCAAGAGUACCACUCUUCUUCUUAUAAGUAAGUAAAUCCAAAAAGAAAAACAACAACAAAAAAAGCCAAAGAAAAAAACACAAAUAUUGUCAUAACCACUAACCCACACCAUCAUCUUCAUCAUCAUCAUCAUCUUCAUCAUCAUUAUCAUUAUCAUUUUGUAUUUACAUUCAUAUUAUUUAAUAUGACUUUAUUAAGUCUGUAAAAUGUAUUUUCUUAAUUCCAAUUAUUUCUUUUGGAUUUUGGGGGUUAAUUAAUUAGUAAUUGCAUGAUUUUAAUAAGUGUUUUCUCCAAUAAGCUUCUCUUGCCAGAUGGACUUUACACUCAGUUUUUAAUAUUUACUGUCUCUGUUCUGAUAUCUAGACUGCCGUACUCUAAUUACCAGCGAGUCUAUGUUACCAGGAUCAAUCUCUCUCACAUAGUAUCUUCAUCUUUAUGUUUGUUGUGAAUGGGGUUGUCAAUGCCUGAGGCUGUCAGCCCCUUCACCUUGCUCAGGCACAACUACAGCUUUCCUUACGAAUACUGCAUCAGGUCAAUCUUCCAGCAGCAACCCUGAUUAGAUAAAAGCCCGAGAGCUUUCAGGGAGGCCUUAAAACUAUCCCUGUAGUAUUUGCCCUGAAUGUUACUGACUACCAUCACACUCACCAAGACGCUGUAGAAAAGACAUUUCAGAAAUGGUUUCUGGUUCAUUUUGACAAUGUGAUCAAUCUGAUCCAGCUGGGCUAUAAAUAGCGGAAUGGAUGCUGGGUUAACACUGAAUAACUGAGCAUCUCAACCGGGCAAGUUGUCCUGCCAAAACAUGGAUAGCAUCUGACAGUUCAGGUGGAACCUAUUAAGGUUUUUGCUGUAAAGUAUACAUUUCACUUGUUUACAUGUGUGUGCUGUAGAAGGUCUACCUUAUGUGGUGGCUACCAUAUUUAUAUUCAAGACCUAGUUCUCAUCUAGUAACCAAUAAGGUCUGUCUCACAUGUAGUAGCUACCAUAUCUAUUAUACCAAGGUCUCUUUACCAUGUGGCAACAACCAUGUCUAUUCAUUAAGGUCUAUCUUACAUGUUGUAGCCAUGUAUAUACUUCAUGUGGCAACCACCAUGUUAAUAGCCCUUAGGUCUACCUCAUGUGGUAACCACCACGUCUAUAGACCUGAGUCAUACCUCUCAUGUGAUAACCAUGUCUAUAAUACCAAAGUGUCAUGUGGUAACUAUCAUGUUUAUACUUGCAAGGUCUGCUCAUGGGUAUAAUAGCAAGGUCUACCUCACAUGUGGUAGUCACCAUGUCUAUACCUCUAAGGUAUACCUUACAUGUGGUAACCACCAUAUUUAUAUCCCUAUGAUCUAUGUUGUGGUAACUAUGUAUAUACUACCAAGGUCUAGCUCAUGUGGUAACCACUAUGUCUGUAGCCCUAAGGUCUACCUCAUGUGGUGACCAUGAUGUCUAUCCUACUAAGGUCUAUUUCGCAUGUGGUAACUCCAAAUAACUGGCUUGUCAACAGUAUGUAUACAUUAGGUAUGAUACAUAGAUGGCUAUUUUAGUUAAAUACUGCCUCAGUUGUAUAUGCUGGUAAUUUACAACAUUUUUUUGACCCCACAGGUCCUGAUUUCGAAUCCCAUCCUGACUGAAUUUAUCUUGUUAUGGGUCCAUCAGCUAAGUACCAGUAAUAGACUAUACACAUCAUGGCCCCUGUACAGAGUUCAAAUUUGAACACAGCAUGACAAAUUUAAAAAAAACCUCUAAAUGGUUACUUGAUCUGCUAAAAAUAGCAGCCACUUUCAUUUGGAUCACAUUCAAGAAUUUCAUUAAAAAAACAAAAAAAAAACAAAAUAAAAAUAAAGGGUAGAUUAUUCUGGAUACAGUUAUCAUUAUCACUGUAAUCAUCAUCAUCAUCAUCAUCAUCUACUUUUUCCAUGCUGGCAUGUGUUGGACAAGGCUUUCUCAAUCAGUAUUCUACACCCGGAUACCCUUCCUUAUUAGCAAUGAAGUUGGUAAUCCAUUACAAAUGUUCAAAGUGUUGGCCAUGUAGCUCUAGAUAAGUCUUUAUAUGGAAUCUGAAAUUGUGAUGAACUCUCUCAAAUAUCUCUCACACGCUUCAACAAUUCUUUGAAGAAAGUUCUUGGUCAUGAAUUUUUCAGAAUGCACAAGUGGGGGAGUGGCUGUGUGGUCAGUAGCUUGCUUACCAACCACAUGGUUCUGGGUUCAGUCCCACUGUGUGGCACCUUGGGCAAGUGUCUU